CCCUGGUCCUGCCGACUGUGCCUCCCUCUCUCAGCGACCUGCCCAGGAGUCAGCAGCAGCCGCAGCCGCGCCGCCCCCGCCCUCCGGAGCUCGGGCAGCAGAAGCGGGUGGGAGAGACAAGGCUCCGGGCCACCGAGAGCGCGAGCGGAGCGAGGGGAGGCCGAGCGAGCCAAGGGAGGCCAAGCCAGCCAAGGGAGGCCGAGCCGCGCUCCUCAGGAAGACCCUAGCCAUGAUGUGCCUCUGGCUUCUCAGCUCACUACUAGCCCUGAGCCAGGCUCUGCCCUUCGAACAAAGGGGUUUCUGGGAUUUCACCUUGGAUGAUGGACUGGCCAUGCUCAAUGACGAAGAGGCAUCAGGAGCCGACCCCACCUCGGGCCUUCCUGACCUGGACGCCCUCACUCCCACCUACAGCGCCAUCUGUCCCUUCGGUUGCCACUGCCACCUGCGCGUGGUCCAGUGCUCAGACCUGGGUCUGAAGACAGUCCCCAAGGAGAUCUCCCCAGACACCACCCUCCUGGAUCUGCAGAACAAUGGCAUCACCGAACUCAAGAAGGAUGACUUCAAAGGGCUCCAGCAUCUCUACGCUCUGGUGCUGGUGAAUAACAAGAUCUCCAAAAUCCACCCGAAGGCCUUUAGCCCACUUCGAAAGUUGCAGAAGCUCUAUAUCUCCAAGAAUCACCUGGUGGAGAUCCCACCAAACCUGCCCAGCUCCCUGGUAGAACUCAGGAUUCAUGACAACAAGAUCAAGAAGGUGUCCAAGGCGGUGUUCAGUGGGCUCAAGAACAUGAACUGCAUUGAGAUGGGAGGGAACCCCCUGGAAAAUAGCGGUUUUGAACCUGGAGCUUUCGAUGGCCUGAAACUGAACUACCUUCGCAUCUCAGAAGCCAAGCUCACCGGCAUCCCUAAAGAUCUUCCCGAGACUCUGAACGAACUCCAUCUGGACCACAACAAGAUCCAGGCCAUUGAAUUAGAGGACCUUCUGCGGUACUCCAAGCUGUACAGGUUGGGCCUGGGACACAAUCACAUCCGAAUGAUCGAGAAUGGGAGUCUGACCUUCAUGCCCACCCUGAGGGAACUCCACUUGGACAAUAACAAGCUGGCCAAAGUACCCCCAGGCCUCCCCGAUCUCAAAUUCCUCCAGGUGGUCUACCUUCACUCCAACAACAUCACCAAAGUGGGCAUUAAUGACUUCUGCCCUGUGGGCUUUGGUGUGAAGCGGGCCUACUACAACGGCAUCAGCCUCUUCAACAACCCCGUGCCCUACUGGGAGGUGCAGCCGGCGACUUUCCGCUGCGUCACGGACCGCCUGGCUAUCCAAUUUGGCAACUACAAGAAGUAGUGAGGGGGAGGAGGCAGCAGGACCCCCUUGGGAAAGAAACCUGGCUGAGAAGGGAGACAACAGGAGAGAGACACAAAGAGGGUAUAAGAGGAGGCGAAGUCACGUGUAAACCCCAACCCCAACGGCCCCACCCUUAGCCCAGUGGGAACCCUGCCCGGCAUCCGCACUUGAACCCCAAACUCCGACCUAACAUGAAUCUGAGUCCCCGACUUCCCUGCAAACUUGCCCCAACUCCUAGCCCUAGUCCUGAGCGAGAGGCCUCCUUCCUCUUGCUCUGGCUCCUGACCUGCCAUGUCCGAAGCUGGAUCAUUGAGUAGAGAUAGAGGUAGGCAGAGGUGAGGGGCAGGCAGGCCAUGUGGGAGAGCAGGGGGAGGGGGGCCUGGCUUUCCAGCAGACUCCUUCCCCAGAUCUGGUACUUUCAGAAUUGAGGAGACAGCCAGUCCAGUUAGGAUUUCCCUCACCUAUCUUCCCCCCCCCCCCAUACUCUCCCCAUCCCCUUCCAUCUGAAUCUCCAAAACAGAUUCCCCAAAGCUCCAGUUCUGGGCAUUUCCCUGAUGUGCUUUUAUGCUGGAUAGAGUUUAGUCCCAGUGUGUCGACCCCAGCAGGGAUGUCUCUCUCCUCCCCUUUCUCCUUUCCUCUGCUCUUUCUCUACUCUGCUUUCCUUUCUGUGCUCCUUUUGCUUCUUCCCCAUCUUUUCUUUCCCUCUUUCAUUUCUCUUCUUCUUUCCUAGUCUCUGUCUCCUCUCUUCACCUUUUCCCUUCUGUUCUUUGUCUUUUCCCCUUUCUCUUGACUCUCCUUUCUUCAAUUCUCCUCUCUUCCAUCUUCCUUUCUUCCAUCUUUUGCUUUCUGUCUCCUUUCCCAGGUCCUGCCUUCUUUCUUCCUCUUUUCUCCCCUUCCUUUCUUUGCUUUCUCUAUCCUUUCUUCUCUGCUCCACUUUUCUUUCACUUUCUUCUCUUCUCUUUUCUUUCUCUAGCUAGUUUCUCUUUCUUGUUUCCUUUCUCCUUCCACCCCAAAAUAGUUCUUUCCCUUCCUCUUUUUCUCUGCUCUCCCUCUCCUGAUUUUCUCCCAUCUUUUUUCUCUCUGUCUCUCUGUGUCUCUGUCUUUCUCUCCCAUUUCUCUUUCAUUCCUUUUGUUUCUCUUCCUGACUUUUCUCACCUUCUCUCUCCCCUUUCUCCCCCUCUUUCACUCUCUCACUUCCCCCUCCUUCUCCUUUUUUCCUCACUUCCCUUUCUUCUCCCCUAUAUCUCCCUCAUUUCUCUCUCUGUGUCUGUGUCUGUCUCUGUCUCUGUGUGUCUCUCUCUCUCUCUCUCU